AUAGCAAGCUCACCGUGCCCGUGCACAAGCAAGAGAGGAAGAGACGUCAUGUCUUGCGGAAGAUGGAGCAGACGAGGUGCGUUUGCCGUGGCUGGAUGGCAGCUACGCCCGCUCGUGCUCUUCCUCUUAUCAGUGAUGCCCCAGGGAGCACUCUCGCGGGGACUGGCGUUGUCGCCACAGUCGCCGCUGGAGCUGAAGCGGAACAUAACGUGCAAGAAUGUUCCGCAUCCAUUUGGUGCCAGAGGCUCCCUACCCGGCUUCGAGGUAACAUGCAGCCAAAAGAAUGAAGCCAUGCUGCAGGUCGGCAACAAUAGCUACAAAAUACAGGAUGUGUCACUCGACGGAGGCUUUGUUGUCAUCUUCGCCGGGGCAAUCCGCCAAGUGUGCUAUGACCGCAGCGGGAAGUCAACGCAAACCACUGGAACCGGCAAUUUUAGCUUGCAAGGGACACCGUUCUCCUUCUCCAAGAACAAUAGGCUGGUGGCCACUGGAUGCAACUACAAGCUAGUUGCGAACUUCAGUGACUCGGUGCUUGGUGACAACCCUCGGCAAACCAGCUGCUCCUCCUGGUGCAAUGGGAACUCUAAUGCCGUCAAUUGCCUUUACGGUGUAGCCUGCUGCGAAGCCCCCGUGCCAAUGGACGCCCCUCAAGAGUUCACCUUGACGCUCGACAAGACAUCAGGUCAAGUCACUGGCAACGAGAAUGGCAAUUGCAGCGCUGCCUUCUUCCUUCACCAAGACGAUUUAGACUUCAUGGAUGGCACAGACAGUGGGCAGAGGCCGCUGAAGGACCUGCUGUUGCCAUCUAGAGACCGCAGGAUGAUCUUGGAUUGGGCAAUUGGGGGUGGCACAUGCGACCAGGCCUACAAUAUGGGGUCGCUGUACUGCAACAAUAUGAGUGGAUGUAUCGAUGCACCCCGUGGAGCGGGCUAUCUCUGCAAGUGCAAUGCGGGAUACAGUGGGAAUCCAUACAUUGAGAAUGGAUGUGCAGAUAUCAACGAAUGCCGGAACGACAACAAUGAUUGCACCUAUCCAGAACUCUGCAACAACACCAAAGGAGGUUUUACUUGCUCAUGUCCCCAGAACUACACCGGUGACGGCCACAGGGCAGGGACAGGCUGCAAUGUUCCAUUUGGUUCCCCUAUUCAACAACCACAAGGUUUGGAUGUGUGCAAUCAUCCUGAAAAGAACCCCUGCACGUACUUGAAAUAUUGCAGUGAUGCGCAAGGGGCUGUUGUGUGCAAUUGCCCUCUAGGCAUGAAUGGUGAUGGCCAGAAAACGGGAAGUGGCUGUCAAAACGAAAACAACCACUUCCCUAUAAAUACUGCUUUGGGUAUUGGCCUUGCCCUUGUGGUUACAAUUACUACCACAUCUAUGUGCUACUACUGGGGCAUGAAGAGAAGAAAUGUGCAAAGAAACAGAGCUGAGUUAUUCCGUAAGAAUGGAGGCUUACUGUUGCAGCAGAGAUUUUCAGCAAUCACAUCUCAAGAAAAGGACUCAUCAGCAAGGAUAUUCAGUGCGGAAGAGCUCAAGACUGCUACUAACAAUUAUAGUGAGACACGAAUCCUUGGCCGAGGUGCAUAUGGGACAGUGUAUAAGGGUAUUCUUCAAUAUGAGGUUGUGGUUGCCGUAAAAAAGUCUAGGGUGUUUGAUGAGAGCCAGGUGGAGCAGUUUGUCAAUGAGAUUACACUCUUAUCACAGACCGAUCACCCAAAUGUUGUCAAGCUUUUGGGAUGCUGUCUGGAGACACAAGUUCCAUUGUUAGUGUAUGAGUUCAUACCCAAUGGAACACUCUUCCAGCACAUUCACAACAAAAGUGCACUUGUCUCCUUAACAUGGGAAGAUACCUUAAGGAUAGCUGCAGAAACAGCAGAAGCACUUGCCUACCUGCACUCCACAUCUUCUAUACCAAUCAUUCACAGAGACAUCAAAUCAAGCAACAUACUGUUGGACGAGAACUUUGUGGCUAAAAUAUCAGACUUUGGUGCAUCAAGAUCAGUUCCAUUUGAUCAAACUCAUGUUACCACCCUUAUACAAGGGACAAUAGGAUACCUUGAUCCUGAAUAUUUCCAAAGUGGAUUGCUCACAGAGAAGAGUGAUGUCUACAGUUUUGGAGUAGUUCUUGCAGAGCUCUUGACAAGGCAGAAGCCUAUUUCUGUCGGCAGGCCAGAGGAAUCGUGCAACUUAGCCAUGCAUAUGGUGAUUCUAUUUAAUGAAGAGCGGCUACUUAAGGAGAUAGAGCCCCACAUUUUGGCAGAAGCAGGUGAAGAGCAACUUUAUGCAGUUGCGCAGCUCUCUGUGAGAUGUUUAAAUAUGAAUGGACAAGAACGACCCAUUAUGAAGGAGGUGGCAUCAGUUUUAGAUCAGCUAAGAAGGUCAUUCACCAAGGAGAAAACUAUUAGAAGAAACGAUGUACCUGUACCAGAAAACAAUGAACAAGAGCACCUUCUAUGUAAGGCAAGCUCGAUUUCCAGCCUGCACUACUCAGAAGGAAGUACACUGAGCAUGGAGGCUGAAAUGAGAGCUUCUUCUCACACACCAAGAUGACGCUUCUCAUAAUAUUUCAUGUAACCUCACAGACAAUGUGCAAUGUAAUAAUUCAGAAAUGUUGUAUAGCUCAGAGGAAUCACUAUUUACUUAUUUAGGUCAACAAUCACAACGGGAGAAAUCCUUGUCUCAACUGUGGGGUCAGAUCCAAUUCUACUUUUGAGAUCUACAAAUUUGAAUGGUA